AUAUGUACGUGAACUUUAGAUGCCAUCGUUGAAUACCUAACGCAAGAAAUAUAAAUGAUAUUCUAACUUACCCUAUAAAAACUUCAUUUUCAUUCUCUUCAUGCUUUCCCUUUCUAUGCCCAGUUCUAUUUGUUUUUCCUGUGUUCUAUACUACUGAAAUCCAAAUUAUGGUAGUUUUAAUGUAUAAGUGGAACUGCAUAUUUCUUAUGAUUCUUAUCUUCCAUUUCUCAGCAACUGCAACUUUUUCUUCCAAGGUCGAUGAUGACCCGUUGGUGGCGCCGGCGGUGGCAAAGGUCCCUGAAGUGAGCAUAAAGUGUGGGGAAUGCCCUUGUGGUAAUCCAUGCAACCAGCAGCUUCCUUCUCUUUCACCACCACCACCUCCGCCGCCUCCAAAAAAUCAAUAUUGUGCCACUCCUCCAACUCCGCCACCACCGAGAUUCAUUUACGUGACGGGGCAAAUGCCGCCACCACCAUCACGGUUCAUAUAUACGACUGGACCUCCUGGGAACUUGUAUCGAACUGAUCCAUUUAAUUUGCAGAUAUAUUCUAGUGCAGCACAUAAUAAUGUACUUGUAGGUUUGCUUCUUUUUGUUGCAUGUGGAAUAAUGGAAUUUUUAGUAUUUUUGUGAAGGGAAAGCCCUUUUAUGUUUUAGAAUUUCCUCAAUGAAAGUCCUUCCGCCGGAAAUGGUUUAUUUUAUUAUCUAGUGAAUUGGGUCAACUUUGAACUCCAAUUAAUUUGAAUGGGACCCGUACGGGACGUAAUGUUUCAUACUA